UGUGUGUUUGUGUGAAUGGAUGAAUGAGUGUUUAUGUAUUGCUGUUGUUACUAUUCGGUGAAAGUGAGUGACAGACAGAGAGAAAGAAAGAAAGAAAGAAAGAGUGUCAGCGCACGAGUGUGGCGAGUUGAGUGUGGCAAGCGGAGGGAGAGUGGAGUUUGUCAUUAUUCCGGACACUCGAACACGCCACGGAGAGGGAGAAAGAGCGGUUCUCCCUUUACAAGCGGCCGGUGGUGGACAUCAACGACGAUGCCACAGCGGCGGAACACGACGGCAGUGACCGUGAAAGAAGAGGAACUCAGGGGUUACCUACACGACAUCGCAGACUUCAGACGGGGCAGAAUCAUAAGGAAAGGCCGGGAGGUGAAGAACGACAUUGUGUACGUGGAGAAAGGCAACGACGGCUUCCUGUCGGACCGCGUUCGAAUCCGUCCAACGGCGGUCACAGCCGCCACCACCACCACGUCCACCGCUGCCGCCUCUUACAACAAUAAUAGCAGCAAUGAUAAUGGGGUCCAGCCGUGGGCCCACUUGCAGAAACUAGGUCGGCGCAUCUGGGUGGCCAAAGAGAUCCUUAUGUGUAGCGGUCAAAUGAACUGUGAAAGGGAGUGCGGUGGAAUGGGGCGGUGCAGAGACGAUUGCCUGAAGAAAGAUGAGAAACGAGCGAAAAGUGGCCAUCGUUGUUCGUUCCGUGUCAACAUGCGGAUGUACCUCCACAACAUUGGCAACUGGGAGGUCGACGUGACGGGAAGGCACGUACCCCCAAAUGUCAAUUGGGUCCCGCCCAAAAAGAACCUCGUCAACAGGGUCAAGACAAGCACAACGAGAAAGAAUGACAAGCCAUCCCAGUGCGACACCAUUGCAUCUUCCAAAACUAUUGACCACACUAGCAGAGACAAAAGCUACGUUGAUAAAAACUCUUCAAAUUGCAUCGGCUGGGCUUAUUCCACUAACAACAAUAAUAAUCAUGCUUUUCCAUCUCUGUAUGGUACUGCAUCAAUCAUUGCCGUCCCUAAUCUCAACCAAUUCCACCAGGUCGAGGACCAAGCUCUGGAUCUUACACAGAACCACAGAAACUUUAUGCCUGGCAACGGAUCUACCAAAGAAUCUCUUCUCUCUGCUGACAAAUUCCUUAGUAAGAAACAAUUUCCUGUCACUGUUAUUCCAAAAGUUGAACAGACAGAAUUGUCAAACGAAGGUCGCUCAGAGAAAGCGAACGAAAUUCUUUCUUUUGUGAAAGACGCUGUAAAACUUUCUGACGACAAUAUGGAAGCUUUUGUGAUUGUUUCAACAGCGCCGGACCAGUUUUCAUUCUGGGGUUCUUCGCAAUUCGUUAAUAAAUUCAAAUCUUCCGAGCCUUUAGUUCCAUACCACCCAGUAAAGUGCCGCGACUCUCUGGAAGCCGACCAAAGUUUGUUGACUUCGAUGAGAACAACAGCAAUACCUACAACAAAAAUGAUGAGAGAAACUGUAUCAAAUAAAAUGAACCAAUCGCAUUUGUUUGUUCGACUCGGUGCUGCUAGCUUAAUUGCGCACGAAUUGUACUUAUAUAUAUAUUAUUAUAAAAUACACGGCUUUACUUUGAGAUUACCAACAUUUGCAAAUAAAAUACAGACAGGAAUUUUAGUGCUCCAAGUGAGCUAUAUUCAGCUUAAUAACCACACUCAAAAAUAUAUAUCCUUCUUCAUAAAUAGCUAAAUCUUUUCAGUCAUUUGACUGUGGCCAUGCUGAACUGCCGCGUUUAGUCAACCCCAGGACUUAUUCUAUCAAUUUCUUUUGCCGAAACGCUAAGUUAACGGGAUGUAAACAUAUAUACACACACAACAGGCUUCUGUCUACCAAAUCCACUCACAAGGCUAUAGUAGAAGACACUUGCCAGACCAUAAAAUACGCUUCAACACACAAAGAAUCUUGCAAACAAAAUAUAUACACACACACAUAUAUAUUAGAUUGUCAAGAAAGUUCUUGUGGUUUUGAACCUUUAGAAAUAAACACCACAGUUUUGCCAUGGUCCCUUUCUAUUGACCAAUGCUGGCUGUUGUUGUCAGAGUUUCUUAUGCAAUUCAUCCAUUUGCCGACAGUACUUCUCCACUUGGAUCCAAAAAGCUGUGAUCCAUGAGACCACCAAACAGUCACCAUGACCUUCUGUUAAGGCAAGUGCCGUGGAGCUUCGUCAGCAUACAACCACUUAGCUGACUGUCACAAUCUGGUCGUUCUUGUUACAUAAAAGAAGGGAAGACAACACUUCAAAACAGCAUUUUGUUUUGGUUGUUAUUUAACACAUGUGGUGGAAAUCAGGCCAAACGCAUCAUUGAUAUCGCAAGCUGUUUCAGCAGCAUUUUGGCCUAGCUAGGACAGGAAUAAGAAAAUUGUGCACAUUAUUCGAAAAGAGUAACAAAUUCCACAAGAACUUUCUUGACAGCUUAAUACACACACUUUAAAAUUUCCAUGUAUCUAUGAUUUUAAUUCAAAACAAGACACAUGUACUACUGAGCCAGAGGUGGUAUCAAAAGGGUUAAGAAUUGUUUCUCCACUGUAUAGUUUAAACCUUCUGUUACCCUAUUCCUGCUAUAUGUUUACUAUCAAUCAAUUUUAAAUAUAACAAAGAAUUUCAGCUAGUGUUAGGAACAGAAAUUGUGACUAAGGUUUAGUGGAAGAUUUUAAUUCAGAACUUAUGAAAGCAGGACAUUUGUAGUACAGGGCUGGGUUGGUAAUGAAAGGGUUAAGGUGCAUACACUUCUACAUGACUUCAAAGACACACACAGCACAUUUUCUACCUCACAUCAUCCUAUAAUGAUUGUUUGUCCUUAAUUAACUUUACAAGACAUUCCUUAUAAGUUGUUGUUGUUGUCAUCAAUAAGGUGGCAAGCUAGCAGACAAAAUGCUUACUAGUAUUCCAUCUGUUGCUAUGCCACCAAGGCCAAUAAAUUAAGUACUAAUGAAACACCAGGGUUGGUUUAAUCAACUCUACCUCUCCCCCAAAUUUCAGGCCUUGUACCUAUAUUAAAAAGGAUUAUUAUUAUUACUACUAUUAAGGUGGCAAAAUAAUUAGCACACCAGGUGAAUGCUAAGUGGCAUUUCUUCCUUACUUUAAAUUCUGAGUUCAAAUUCCUCAAAGGUUAACAUUGCCUAUCAUCCCGAUAAAUUAGGUACCAACCAAGAACAGGGAUCAAUGUGAUCGACUACCCUCCCCUCCACAAAUUCCAGGCCUUGUGCCUAUAUUAGAAAGGAUUAUUAUCAUUAAGAUGGGAAACAUUAGCAAACCAGGCAAAAUGUUAAAGAUGGACGAAAUGACACUUAAGUUCUGAGUUCAAAUCCCAUCGAGGUCAAUAAAUUAAGUACCAGAGUUGAUGUAAUCAGCAAUUCCCCUGCCAUAAUUAUUAUAUAUUGAUUUAUUAAUGUUAGUUAAUUAGCCUUUGAUUCACUGCUGAAGACACCUCCCUGUCAACGAUAUCUCUCAGUCCACCACCCCUUCCAUCAAUACGACCUCUCACAUUUCUACAACAUUGAAAUUCAUCUCUGCCACAUCAGCCCCUGUUCCGUUUCUUUAGUGCCUGAGUGUGGAGGAGAAGAUAUUGCAGACUGACAGCAUCAUUGUCCACUGAAACAUGCUAUGUGACAGAUUGAAUGAUUUUGAAAUAAAAAAAGAGGAAAUA